AUGAGCCAGGAGACUUCUCAACAUGACAACAAUGCCAAUCACGUCACUGGCGAGGACCCGGUGCCUCGAAUGAGGAUUCGCUCUCGUCGACCUGCUGACCCCAUGGCUUUUCUCUUCAAGUUGAAGAGGAACCGACAGGCCAUCGUGGAGUCUCAGAAGCCAGAGUCUGUCGAGAGUAGCUUGUCCUCCUGCGAAGAUACUUUCCUCAUCUCUGAGAGCGAGGAAGAGGUUGAACCUUUGGACGGAAACGAGGCUCAGGACAAACAGGCUGCCGAAGACAAGGACAAGAAUUCGAACAAUGACCCUAACGGCGAGGUGGUUAGUGACCUGUUCAAGAAAGGGGGGCCAUCAAAGCUCCAAGCCCAAGAUUCGAAUGAUUCCACCAGUGUAUCAGCCUUUGCUGCACGUGUCAUCCACCCUUGGCACAUCGUUGACUACCACUUGUACUUGCUUCAGAUCGAGGGCAAGAAAGACCUCACGGCGCGGCGUAACGGUGUUCUGUUGCGUGAUGGUGUUGAAUGCCGUUCCCUCUACUAUGAUGAGAUGUUCGAAGACGACACUUUCGAUCCUGACCUCGUCGGUCCUGAACCCAGUGUUCUCUUUGCAGCUUUGCCUGUCCCCGAGCACCACAUUAAAUUCAACGGCGCUGCGUACGUGCUCGAAUACGACUGGAACUUGAGAACUCUCUGCGCUCGUCACUUUGCCUGGGUGCCUGAGGACCUGCGCAACGUUGAGUGUGUGUGGAACGAGGGCAUCAUCAUUUACUGUGUCCCAAUCGUCGAAAUGAUCGAUGUUAUGAAAACCGCCUUAGAACAACGAUACCGUCGACUUGAAUUUUUGAGCACCAACCCCCGCUGCACAACUUCAUACGUGGCACACGACGAUCCCGGUAUGGAACUUGUCGUCGCGUAUUCGUUCUGUCAGUUUGCCGUUGAUUUCGCGGAAGCCCUCAUUCCAGAGGAAACGGGCGAGGGUAUUGAAAUAUUCAAGUCGGAAUUGGAGGAAAUCAUGGAAGAGAUCCGUCUCACCUUGCAACGUGCUUCGUAUCGGGCGUGGUUUGCCGUCCGCGAAGGCCUUUCCAUGGAAAAGUUCUCCCACAAAGUGCACUUCGACCGGUACCUCAACGACCUCUUCACGUACAAUAAGUCGGUUGAGGAGGGAAGUCUUCGUGGCAAGAAAUGGCAUGCUCCCGGGCUGGACACAUGCAAGAAAAUUCGCGAUAAUGACGCUAUGAAGCGUCGGGCUAGCAACGAACGCCGUCUGAAGGACCUGUUUGCCCCCUUCGAUCAAGACGAACAUAAAGAGAAACAGGAGAGAGCGUUUCAGGAGAUGCUGGCUAAUGUAGACAAAAGUCAAGCUGACGCUCUCAUCGAAAAACCUCUUCAGGCCCCGUUGACGCCGCUCUGGGCCGAAUUGAAUUUUGACGAGUUCGAGACGAGUCCCGGGUCCCCUGUUGUCCUCCACUCGGCCCCAUUGCAGGAUGACGGUCUCGAAACCACCGAAUACCAUCACGCUCCUCUUUUAUGCCUUUUGAAUAACGUCCUCGACCUCGUCCAGGAACAGCCGGAGUUGGAUACGUUGGAGAAUCGGGGACGGUUUGGCGCCCUGCUGACUGAAAUGGGAAUUUGCGUGAAGGAUACUUUGGAUUUAUUUUCUAUUGCGCCGCAACAGGGUUUCGAAAACGACAAUUGGAGUCUUGUGAUCCACGAUGAGGCCAAUAACGAAGAUGACGAGGAGCUAACUGCUCCUGUUUGUCGCCUUCUCCCGAGCCCUAUCUUUGAUUAG